AUGGCGUCGCUAAUCCGGAUCUUGAAUCCUUCGUCGACGGAGCAAGCGCAUCAGAGCGAGGAAGCGUUGCCGAACGAGGCAGAACAGCCUGAGGAACCAGCGAGACCAAGCGGAUCAGCAUCGCCGACUGCACCAAUGUCACCGGGCGGACCAACGUUGAUGGGCAACGCCAACUCCCUUCCUGAUCGAAGCGGACAUGGAGCGUCAACAAGGGAACCACAGUUGAACACAACCGAUGCAAAUCAACUGGUGCAUUACAACGGCCGAAAGUGGGAGUACGAAAGUUAUGAGUGGCUUGAGGCAGGCAUUCUGUCAUUAAACCUCAAGCCUGUCGGUUCAAACAGCGCAAAUGAGCUUGUCCGCGAGGCUUACCUACAAUCCGACAACCCUGACCAACUUCUAAGGCUUUGGAAGGCCACCCCCCGACCUGUCUAUGUGCCCGACCCGAGUCUUUACGAGAUAUUUGCGGUUCUCCGGCAUAGGGAGGUCAAGAAUGGGAAAGGUGAGAGAGCCAUCUGGCUACAGGUACAAUGGACGGGUUUCAGCAAAAAGGACACGACUUGGGAGGCAGAAGCAUACGUUAAGCAAGUCGCCUCGGGUGUGUUGAACGAGUACUGGUCCAAAAAGCGAGCAAAACGCACAGCUAAGAUAUCCAAGCGGGUCCGUCCACAGCGUCAAGCGAGGUAG